UUGAUCCUGCAUUAAUACUCGCCGUCUGGGUGUGUUUUUUUUUGCGCGCGCCGUGGUGGACGUACGUUUAGUGUGACCGCGUUGUUUUUUUAAUUCCGGUUCUGUUUCUUGAGGUUUCGCGACCCUACUCGACCGAAUAAACGAUCGAACCGAGUGUGAACCCGUUUCCGUGCGCCAUUGCCUCCGCGGUUACAUUCGCGGUUUGUUUUCCCGUGCGCGUUCCGGCUAGAGUGGAUUUGUUGGCCAAAAAUUGUGUGCCCGUAAAGCGAUAAGAGACCGAGGAGAGUAAACAUGUCGUCGUCCGCCGUCACUACCAAAACGUCCAAGUACACCUACCGCUCGACCGGUGGUGGUACUGCCGAUGUCAGCAUCGAGUACAGUGCUGACCUGAGCGCUCUGUCCCGGCUGGAGGACAAAAUCCGUCUCCUGCAGGAUGACUUGGAGUCGGAACGUGGUCUUCGCCAAAGGAUUGAACGCGAGAAGGCCGAUCUCAGCGUACAGGUGAUUCAGCUUUCGGAGCGCCUCGAAGAAGCCGAGGGUGGUGCAGAGGGACAGCUGGAAAUCAACCGCAAGCGUGAUGCCGAGCUGACCAAGCUGCGCAAACUGCUGGAGGAUGUGCACCUGGAGUCGGAGGAGACCGCCCACAUCCUGAAGCGCAAGCACCAGGAAAUUGUCAGCGACUUUAACGAACAGCUCGAGACUCUGACCAAAUCGAAGCAGAGAGUCGAAAAAGAAAAGUCGAAGCUGCAGGCAGAAAUCUAUGAGCUGCUGUCGCAGGUCGAGAGCAUCUCUAAGGACAAGCAUAUCAGCAUCAAGACGAUCGAGAAGCUCGAGGUCCAGGUGACGGAGCUGAACAUCCGCAUCGAGGAGCUGAACCGCACGAUCGUGGACAUCAGCUCGCACAAGACGCGCCUGUCGCAGGAAAACAUUGAUCUGGUCAAGUCGGUCCAGGACCUGAAGCUCAGCGUCGAGAGCAUCUCGUUCUCGAAGACCCAGCUGAACUCGCAGCUGGAGGAAGCGAGACGCCGCCUGGAGGAGGAUGACCGCCGCCGGUCGAUGCUCGAGUCCAGCCUGCACCAGGUCGAGACCGAGCUGGAAUCCAUCCGUCUGCAGCUGGAGGAAGAGUCCGAGGCCCGCCUGGACCUCGAGCGCCAGCUCGUCAAGGCGAACGGUGAGGCCGGUACGUUCAAGUCCAAGUACGAAGCCGAAUGUAUGGCACGCGUCGAGGAGGUGGAAGAGAUCCGCCGCAAGUACACCGUGCGCAUCACCGAGUCGGAGGAACACAUCGAAUCGCUCCAGGCCCGCCUGAGCAAGCUGGAGAAGGAGAAGAGCCGCCUGACGAGCGAAAUCGAGGUGCUGAUCAUCGACCUGGAGAAGGCGAACAACGGUAUCCGCGAGUACACCAAGCGCAUCGAGAUCCUCGAGAAGACGAACAUCGAAAUCAAGACCCGGCUGGAGGAAACGAUUGCGCUGUACGAUGCGUCGCAGCGCGAUCUCCGCCAGCGCACCGCCGACUUCCAGCGGUUGUCGCACGAGCUGGACAAGACGCGCGAGCAGAAGGAUCAGCUCGGACGCGACAACAACAAGCUGCAGAACGAGCUGCACGAGUCGCGCAGCACCGUUACCGAGCUGACGCGCCGCCUUCACGAGUAUGAAGUUGAGCUGCGUCGUCUGGAGAACGAGCGCGAGGAGUUGACCGCCGCGUACAAGGAGGCCGAAGCCGGCCGCAAGGCGGAGGAGAAGCGUGCUCAGGCACUUGCCGGUGAGUACGGCCAGUUCCGCCACGACACCGAGCGCCGUCUGUUGGAGAAGGAUGAAGAGAUUGAAACGAUUCGCAAGCAGACCAGCAUCGAAAUCGAGCAGCUGAAUGCUCGCGUCGUCGAGGCGGAGACCAAGCUCAAGAGCGAGGUCAUGCGCAUCAAGAAGAAGCUGCAGAUCCAGAUCACCGAGCUGGAGAUGUCGCUGGAUGUUGCCAACCACACCAACAUCGAGCUGCAGAAGACGAUCAAGAAGCAGUCGCUACAGCUGACCGAGAUGCAGGCGCACUACGAGGAGAUCCAGCGCCAGCUGCAGUCUACCGUCGACCAGUACGGCAUUGCUCAGCGCCGCAUCCAGUCGCUCACCGGCGAGCUGGAGGAGAUCCGCGUCAACUACGAUUCCUCGCUGCGUGCCAAGCGCCAGGUGGAGGUGUCGCUCGAGGAUGCCACUACGCGCAUCAACGAGCUGAGCGUGGUUAACGCCAACUAUGCCUCGCUCAAGGCCAAGCUGGAGACCGAACUGCAGACCCUGGCCGCCGACUACGAGGAAGUCACCCGUGAGCUGCGUGUCAGUGAUGAGCGCUACCAGAAGAUUCAGGUUGAGCUUAAGCACACUGUCGAGCUGCUGCACGAGGAACAGGAAAGAAUCGUCAAGAUCGAAGCCAUCAAGAAGUCGCUGGAGGUUGAGGUUAAGCAACUGUCCAUUCGUCUGGAAGAAGUCGAGGUCAAUGCGGUGGCCGGCAGCAGACGCAUCAUCAACAAGCUCGAGGCCCGCCUGCGCGACAUCGAAGUCGAGCUGGACGAGGAAAGACGAAAGCACGCCGAAACGAUCAAGAUCCUGCGCAAGAAGGAACGCUCGGUCAAGGAGGUGUACAUCCAGAUCGAGGAGGAUCAGAAGAACAUCCAGAUUCUGCAGGACGCCCUGGAGAAGGCCAACCAGAAGAUCGCUGCCUACAAGCGUCAGCUAACCGAACAGGAACAAUGCUCACAGCAGAGCGUCACCAAGGUUCGCCGUUUCCAGCGAGAGCUCGAAGCCGCCGAAGACCGUGCCGAUGUGGCUGAGAGCAAUCUGAGCAUGGUCCGUGCCAAGCACCGUACGUUCGUCACCACCUCGACCGUGCCCGGUUCGCAGGUCUACCUGGUACAAGAGACCACCCGGACCAUCAACGAAUCGUCCUAAAUGUAGCUAUAUCCCAAUGCCUCCAGAGUGUCCGAACACGUUCGGCUCGACAUUACGUACGCCGGCCGGGUAAUCAGGGGUCCCACUCUGGGCACAGCACGCCGCCUACCCAAUUGGUUCAUUUAAUUAUUUUAGCCGAUUUCUCUUCGAAACGCGCGGUCCUGCGUGUACGUGUUGUGUUUUGUGCAGAAUUUUUGUGUACUUUCUUCCGUUUUCCCUUAGCGCUCGAUCGUUACGUUCCUUUUCCCUCCCAUUUGUUUUCCGUUGUGUAUAGUUGUGUUCAAACAUUUGCGUCUCCCUCGUACUUUAAUUUUUAUUACGAAACAACGCCAGAUGGAGCAAAAGCAGCAUAAGAUGGAAAGUUACUCGAACUAAAAAAAUCCAAUUCGACAACAACAAUAUUGAAAGAUAUAAGAGCGCACGUACGCUACGUGCCCGGCAAAACAUCUCCAGUUCAAUAUCAACAAAAGCUCUUUACAUUAGAAAAGCGUUAGAUCUUAACGAAUGUGUCGUUUGUUUGUAAAACCAUGCGCUCGGCGUAGUAUGUGCUGUACGUCGUUGCUACUCUGAAGAAAUGUGGAUACUCUGCCCGACCAUCAUGGGGUUAACACGAUCCGCCGAGCAGGGUCACUGGGUGAAAGAAGAGCCGUAAAACCCAUCACCAACACCAAAACAGCAAACGCUAAAGCAAUGCAGCACAUGAAACCGCUUGUAAAGGAAAGAAUAAAGUUUACUGAUAAAAAAUAUCUUACCAAAAUAACAAUAUCACGAGCUGGCAUGGAGUUUUAUCGCUAGUGGAUGAUUUAUUUAAAAAACAACAACAAAAAAACACAUACAAAGGUAUUCAAAAGGCAUAGCGCACACACCACUGCGUACGAAUGAAUCUAUGAUUUUUUUUACCCGUAUAUAUUGUACGAUAAAGAUUUAUAUUAAUAAACCACAAAAAAAAGUCAACAUAC